AUAUAAGCUGAGGUCGAACUCCACGCAUUUUAUAUCAGAUAACAGAGAUUAGAUUACUUGCUCUUAUUUAAUAACUGCGAUAAAGAUUUUCUGUACACACUGGUCUAAGCAUCAAUCGCUAAUACUAACAAAAUAUACUAAUUUACGGGUCUUGGUUUUCAGAAUUGCAUGGAGGCAUUCGAACUAUCAGCCUAAGAAAAUUUCUAAAAAGCAAGGGCUAUAUAAUCAUAUAUAAUGUGGACCUCCAAAAUUUGAGCGCAUCUGCAGACUGAACCGUUCGAACUAGUGCCCUGAAAUUUUACAAAGCCUGGUGUCUCCAUAUGAACUCAGCAGGAAAAAAAUGUGAGCCCGAUCUGAGAAAUGACCCACCAAGCCAGCUCCAAGCUCCAAAGUUUUUAAACAUGUUUUAUAGAAAUGUGGAUAUUACUGGUCUUUAACACCAAAUUUGCUGUAAUUAGAAGGUGCUUUCUCUGACUUUCAUUUUUAAAAUAAAAAACAUGUUCAAACCUGGAUCAAUAAGAAAAGUAGAAGUCAAAGACUUUGUAACUUAUUCUCAUGUAGAAAUGUACCCUGGGCCCCAUUUGAAUAUGCUGAUUGGUCCAAAUGGAACUGGAAAAUCAACUAUAGUAGCGGCAAUAAUAUUAGGUCUCGGUGGUAAUCCAAAAAGUGUAGGGAGAGGACACAAAAUAUCAGAAUAUGUUAAACGUGGGUGUAGUUCAGCUACAAUAAACAUUUACCUUCAAAGUGAUGAGGAAAAUAGGUUCCACAAAAUUGCUCGAGAAUUUGAUUUUCGAGAAAAAUCGUCAUGGAAACUAGACAAUAGAACUGUGAGACUGGAAGAUAUCUUAAACUUCAUCAAAAAGUACAAUAUACAGGUUGAUAACCUAUGUCAGUUCUUGCCUCAAGAUAAGGUGCAAGAUUUUGCUAAGUUAAAUAAGCAAGAGCUUUUGAAGGAAACACAGAAAGCACUGUGUAGAUUUGACUUAUUAGAAAAACAAGAGCAACUAAUUUCCAACAGAAGUCAGCACACAGAAUUACAUAAUUCAAUAGACAAACAUACAAAAAAACUGCGGGAAGCUGAGCAGGCCAACUCACUUUUGGAAGGUAGGGUUCAAAGUUUUAACAAGAAGAAGGAAUUUGACUUUAUGAUAGAGAACAUAGAUAGGAAAAUUGCUUGGAGACAAUAUGAAGGAAUCAAGGACCAAUUGAUAGAAAUCAAGAAUGAUAGAAAUGAGGCGCAAAAGGUGUGUGAUAGAUAUAAAGAUUCACUGAAACCAGCUGAACAAGAUAUUAAUAAACAAAAAAAAGAAAUCAUUGAUAAGCAGCAAACACUCAAUCGAACCAGACAGAUGCUUAAGAAUGUUGAAAAUUCCCUAAAUACAAAUUUUGAAAAAGCAGAAGCAGUACGGCAUAACAUACAAAAUAUAAUGGAUGAUAUGAAUGGUAAACUAGCUGAAAUGGAACAGUGGCAAAAAGAAAUUGAAAAUGCUACAAAAAAGCUGAAUGAGAUGAAACAGUUCCAAAAACAGUUUCAUGAGAAAUGUGCAGAAAACAUGAAAGUGAAACAAACAUUAACCGCAGAACUAACCAAACUAGCAUCACAUCAAAAAUCAUUGAAAAACAAAAAAGAUGAAAUACUACAAUUCAAGCAGGACUCCUUUAUACAAAAGCGUGGUUUAGAAAACGAGAUAUCCCGUUUAGAAAACGUAAAGCAACGAAGACUAGAGUAUCUGCAAAGAGUAAAUCCUGAUGCUUAUAAGGCAGUUAAAUGGCUAGAAAACAACAGACAUCUGUUUGAUGGUCAAAUUUUUGAACCAAUGAUGCUAGAAAUCAAUGUGUUAAAUAAUCAACAUUCAAAAUAUGUGGAGAAUGUUAUAAGCGUUAGAGAUCGCCUGGCAUUUACUUGUGUUAACAAAAGAGAUAUGAAUAAACUGAUUAAAUGUUUAAGAGAGUCUCAGAAACUGUCUGUGAAUGUCAUUCACUCAGACUAUAAUCCACAGCAGGGUAAUAGAUUUCAGCCUGAUUUUCCUAUUGAGAAGUUGAGGAAAUUCGGUUUUUUCACAUAUGUCAAUAAUCUGUUCACUGCCCCAGAGCCAGUUAUGCACUAUUUAUGCAAAACAUAUAAUUUACACAAUAUUCCAAUAGGUGAUCAAACUACAGAUAAAUGUUAUGAUGAAGUUCCCCCACAAAUUCGAAGUUUUUUUGGUGAAAAAAGCAAAUAUACAAUAAGUUUUUCAAAGUACACAAAAGAGAAGAGCACAAGGCAGACACAAGUUUAUUCAGAUGGUGCACUUUCUCUUUCAAUGGAUAUUGUUAAAUUCGAUCAAUUGAAGGGACAAAUUCGGGAAAUUCAAAGGUCAGUCCAAAAUUACGAUAAUGAAAUCGAAACCAUAGACGGCCAACUUGGGAGGAUCCAGGAGAAGGUAGACGGCAUGCGCGAGGAGCAAAAAGCCUUUCAAAAAGAACAGCAAGAUGCAGCAGCUAGGGAUUCUAGAAUAGCAGAGACAGAAAGAAAAAUAAGAGAUAUGCAACAGUCUCAAAAGAGCGCUGAGGAGAUACAGAUGGAAGCACAGGCUCAAGCCAGAGGAUAUGUGAAAAAUAUGGAAGCGAUUCAGAUCCAGAUCAAAAACGAAACCGAAAAAUUCUGCGAGCUAGUAACGAGCAGUACCCUACAAGAACAACAUAUCGAAGUCGUCCGUAAAAAAGUAGCCUACAUGGAGAACGAGAUCAGCGAAAACAAACGAAAACUAGAAGAAGCAGAACAACAACUGAACGUCAUAAAAGACAAGUACAGCGAAGUUGCCAGCCAAGCCAAAUCGCUUCAAUCCAAAGCAAAAGGCUUGUCAAAGGGGUUUCUACCUACAGAUGAAGAUUUUGAGGAGUUCAGGGAACAGUACGACGCCUUGCCGAAUGAUAUAGAACAGCUGAAGGCUAAGAAAGAACAAUAUGCUUCGAGAAUAGCUUGUUUGAACAUAGCUGAUGAUGGCGAGUUGCAAGAGUACGAGAAUAGGUUGAAUCAGAUAAAAAAUUUGACGGAUGAAAUUGAAACUUCCAAUAGGACUUUGAAUAAAAUCUCUGCGAAAAUAGAUAGAAUGCAAGAAGACUGGCUAUCACCCCUGAAAGAACUGGUCACUCAAAUCGACGCAAAGUUCUCGCGCGCCUUCCAACGCAUGGGUUGCGCGGGCCAAGUGACCGUGUAUACGGGCGAGAACGAAAUAGAUUACUCGGAUUACGGAAUUAGCAUAAUGGUGACGUACAGGAACGGAGAACCGUUGCAGGAAUUGAACUCGAGCAUUCAGAGCGGUGGGGAGAGAGCCGUAGCCACUGCUGCGUUCAUGCUCUCAUUGCAGGAAUUGACGCCUGUGCCAUUUAGGUGUGUCGACGAGAUCAACCAAGGAAUGGACGCUAACAACGAAAGGAGAAUAUUCGAGUUGAUAGUAGAAUGUACCUGUCAACCAACCUCUGGUCAAUACUUCCUCAUUACACCAAAGCUGAUACCAAACCUUUGUUACACAGAAAACAUGAAAAUUCACAUUGUACAUAACGGACCUUUUGUGGAAAGAGAUAGAAAAUGGGGAUUUUCGAAAUUGUGUAAUCCAGAGGGGGUACAGAUUGCAUGAGACCUGUUUCUUACCAUUUAUCGUUAAGUGUAAUUAGUUGCUCAACCAUUUUUUUAUGUCAAAUAUAUUUUCACUUAAAUA